AUGCAUCAGAGCAUUCCUUCCAAAGCCGCCAAGGACACACACCGACCCGCUGCUCCCCUCACUGUAGUGUCCUCUCAAUUUCUCUCGGCAGGCGUCAUGGAAGAGGCGAACAAGCUAAUUGGCCUGGGCAAGAAGCACCUGGUAAUGGGGCAGGUGGUGGAGGCGGUGAACUCCCUCCAGGAGGCCUGCGGCAUGCUUGCAAAGAAAUAUGGUGACACGGCAGAUGAAUGUGGUGAGGCCAUGUACUGGUGUGGUAAAGCGCUCUUGGACUUGGCUCGGAUGGAAAAUUCAGUCCUUGGGAAUGCGCUGGAAGGAGUUCCCGAGGAGGAAGAGGAAAAAUUGAAAGACUCUAAUGUGGAAAUGGAAAGCACAGAAAGUCUUGAUGAAAAGGCCAGAGAUGAGUUGCGUGUUCAGGUCUAUGAUGCCAUGGCAGAAAAACCAGAAGAUGCGGAAAAGAAUGACUCGACACCUGAGAAAUCAGAUGACGUCAAAGAGAAAACUGACAGCACUUCAGAAGUGACCAAAAAUAAUCCCACAGAAAAGGAAGAGGACUGCACCACUACAGAGAAACAAGAGCCUCAAAGUGCUCCUGCAGAAGGGGAAGUUGAAAACAAAACAAAAUCUCCGGCCAAGGAGGACUCGAGCAAGGAGGCCAAGGAGGACUCGAGCAAGGAGGCCAAGGCCAAGGAGGACUCGAGCAAGGAGGCCAAGGAGGACUCGAGCAAGGAGGCCAAGGAGGACUCGAGCAAGGAGGCCAAGGAGGACUCGAGCAAGGAGGCCAAGGAGGACUCGAGCAAGGAGGCCAAGGAGGACUCGAGCAAGGAGGCCAAGGAGGACUCGAGCAAGGAGGACUCGAGCAAGGAGGACUCGAGCAAGGAGGACUCGAGCAAGGAGGCCUCUCAGGAAAAGGCAACUGAUGGUGAUUGCAAAGAUGAUGCAUCAGCAGAGGCUGAAACUGAGGGGACAAAAGCAAAUGAAGCUGGAGAAGACGAUGUUGAGGAGGAAGGUGAGGCUGAUUCUGAUGAGGAAAUGGAUGAUGGGGAAGCAGAUGAUAAAGCUGAAGGGGAGGACACUGCUGAAAAGGGAAGUGACGAUGAAGAGGAGGUUGGAAACUUGCAAUUGGCUUGGGAGAUGUUAGAAGUUGCUAAAGUCAUCUAUAAAAGAAAAGAUACAAAAGAUGAUCAGCUCAUGGCUGCACAGGCUCACUUGAAACUUGGAGAGGUUGCUGCGGAAUCAGGAAAUUAUACCCAAGCAAUUGAAGAUUUCAAAGAGUGUCUGACUCUCCAGCUAAAACACCUGGAGUCAGACAGCAGACUUCUGGCUGAAACUCACUAUCAGCUGGGACUGACCUACAACUUGAACUCUCAGUACAAAGAGUCCAUUGAAGAGCUUGGCAGCUCGCUCUCUGUCAUUAAGAGCAGGCUUGGAAAAUUACAAGACCUAAUUGAUAAAGCGGAGGGCCCUGAUUCUCUGGCCGACGAGCGAAAGGAAAUGGAGGAGCUCAAAGCACUGCUCCCUGAGAUCCAAGAGAAGGUGGAAGACUCUUCGGACGGUCUAAAGAAUGCUAAUAAAGAUGCAAAGGGUGUCUUGGAUAAGGAGUCUACUUCAGAAACGGGUGAAAAGCUGACUUCUACCAAGGCUAAUGAAGCAUGUGAACAAGCCACAGCAUCAGACAUUUCUCACUUAGUGAGGAAAAAGAGAAAACCAGAAGAAAGUCCAGUGAAAGAGGUGAAGAAAGUAAAGCCAGAUGAUGCCCAAACAAACUGUACCAAGGAGACAAAGUCCAAUGGCCAUAGUAGUGACCACACUAAUGGCCAGAGUGCUGGCAUGGAGGUGGAGAGUAACUGA